GGAAGAUAAUGCGAUGCAUAAUGAGGAGGAAUUGUUAGCGAUAUUGCAUGAAACCGGGCUACGCACAACGGUUAUUGUCAAAUUCAAAGGAGAUGUCGAUAUUAUGUUAAGUCCUAUGGUUCUUGAGUCACUUCAACGAUUUAUUGACAGUAUUAUACCAACCUUGGCUAGUCUACAUCCAUUGACAAUCUUAAAUCAUCUUCACAACGAAUGUAUAAGCAAAGUAGAGGAUGCAAAUAUUUUAAAGCAGGAUCAAAGUUUAUCAUAUUGGAGUCAAGUUCAAACUAGUUCAAAACGAUCUACAGCGGAAAGGAAUCUUAAAAAUGGUCAAGGUGAUGACAAAUGCAAAAUAGCGCUACAGACAAAUGUCUAUGAAGAAAGUAUCACGACGCAAGUACAAGGCAGUAUUAUUUUACCAAAGUUGAAUCUAACGUUGUUACAAGCAUCUGUCGUCGAAGAAAUUAUCUCGUUCUCUGCGUUAGAAAAUAUUCGGGACUUGACGUGUGUAUCGCUAUUCGCGAUUUGUCUCGACGAUGUUACUGCGAGGUUCUAUCUAGGAAAACAAGCUCGAGAAGUUGUUCAGACUUUUCAUAAACCAGCUGCAUUACCGAAUCAGAAGAAGGUAAACAAAAUCAGCAAAGCAUUUUUAUCGGGACACCAAACUACUGCAGUAGUGGCUGACGUGGGAGGAGAAACGGUAUACAUAGAAACAUCGGAGAAGCAGCAAGAAGAAAUUAUAGUCACUUUAAAUAUCGGCAAAGCACACUCUCAAUUAAGAAGACUAAGAAACGAGUCUUCCAUAUUGAAGGAUGCAGUGAUAACUGCCAUACCUGCACAUUAUUCGAAAGUAUUAUUUACCUGCACAAGAAUGACAUCGCCAUUAAAGUGUAUUGAUUAUUAUUUGCAUUAUCUGAUGGACGAAAAGGAAAAAUUAAAUAAACAGACUGGACCACCACAAGCCACUGAAGAAUUUACCAUGGGAUGUGGAGAAGAUAGAUUAGGAUUUAUUAUGUUUGAAUGUGGUUUCGAAGGAAUUAAAUUGAAAGUAGUAAAGAGGUCUCAGUUUGAAAAAGGAGAAAAUGGUGAUGGUGACAAAAAGAAUGAGGCUGAAGUAUUUUGUACAGACAGUGUUAAAAGCCAAGACGAAUUGGAUAAUAAUAUCGCUGCGUCCACAGCAACUACUGCAGAGACAGAAAUAAAGCCGACAAAUGCAUCUGCUGGCACUCAAAUGAAUAUGAGCGCGACGUGCACCAGUCUUACGUCCAAAGUGGCAAACGGAAAUACUGUAUCAUGCGUUAUUGAAUUAAAAACGGUGUGGUUUAAUUUUGCUGCACCUCCACGUACCCCAAUAACGAGAAAGAUUGAUUACACAAGACUAGAUUGGAAUUUGCUGAGCACCGCAUCACCAGCGAUAAAUGCGUGGAUGAAUCCCAGUAACAAAUUCGCAAUUCGUAUUGUUCAUAUGUUUAGAACAAUGUAUCGAAGAUCUACCGCAAUUGUUGCCUGUCUUAUGGCAGAAGCAUUAGAUGUACAAGGAAUACACAUGCCUUUAAAGAGUCGCUAUGGAAGAUUAACACCUUUAGCGAAAACAUUGCAAGAAGAUCCUUCUUGUCAAUUAUGUAGUAUAUUGCAAAAUUAUGUUUUAUUAUCUGAAAUCAUAAAUAUUGAAGCCAAUUUAAAAGAAUCUGAUCUACCACUUCUUUCUACACUUCGGCAGGGCGUUAUUGUGUUAAGCAGACAAUGGAAGAAUGUACUGUAUACGCCGUUAUUAUUGGAGCACAAUUACAAAACUAAACAUGUUAAACCAUUAAACGUUACAUUUGCCGUGUCAGAUCCUGAUGAGGAGAAUCUGUUGACUGAUGGGGAGGGUAGCGCAGGAGAUGUUGAUGAUCAAGAAGUGACAGAUGAAUGUGCUAUGCUCAUCCAUACGGACCACAUGCAUAAACACACACAUAUCAAAAGCGGACAAGAUAAAACAUCAGGUAUGUGUGGUGAUGGUUUGACGGUUCCUGUAAGCUCUCCUCGCGGGAAAGAUACGACCCCUAUAGCAACACCGGUUCCAGGCCCGGAUUCAUUUUCCUCUCCCUCUCCACCCGUAGCUCUUUCAAAAAGAGGAAAGACAUUACAACCAACGCAAGUGCCUGCUAGUACACGUGCAAGUAUCGUUUUUCCCUUACUCACCAGCGGUGGGUUAUUCAGUCAAACACGAGAACCAAAUAACAUAAGUUACGGAACGUUGAAAGAAGAAAAGACUCCACAAAUUCAUAUCUCACAUUCGCAUCAACUUGGUUCCAAUCCUAGUAUCUAUUCUGGCGGCAUAGGUCACGGUAGUCAACACAGCACUGGAAGUUUAGACCAAGUUACAUCUCCUACAAGUCAUUCUACUAAGCCUAUAAAUACAGGGGAGGAUUUGUAUAGCUGGAUGGCAAAACAGCAAGAAUUUAUUAAGGAUAACGACAAAGGAAAUUUAAAAGGAAAUUGGGUCUUUCGCACAGAGCAAAAGUCUACAAAGGAUUCAAAAAUUAACACCAUGACUACCGACGACACUGAAGAUUCCGAUAUACAGAGUGGUGCUUUCCUGUAUCCAAUGAAAGACUCUCUAAGAUUAUUGGAUGCUCAUUUGAUUUUUGAACCGCUUUUGUCGUCCUUAUCGGUUAUGCCACAACAGAUGUUAUCAGUUAUUGGAUCAGGAAACGUAAACAAUCUGUCCUCCUUAGAUUCAUUAGGCUCAAAUUUAUCUCUCGUAGGCAGUAUGGAUACUAUGCGCAUAGAUAUAGUCGUGAGCGAGUUUGGAAAAGUAACAGAUAAGAAAAAAAAUAACAAAUGUCAGCCGAGAAAAGGAGCCAACUCGAAAUUUUAUCUUGAUAUACCGCCAGAGACACCAGCAUUUUUAUGCGAAAGAAUUGGUGUAGACAUCGAUAUUAAAAAAAUGGCCGACAUGACAGUAGAUGACAUGAUUCAAAAGCAAAAUGUUCUAUAUAUAUCUAGAGGUCAAUUGAAGAAACAUACCAGCACAGUGGUUAACAUUAGUUUAAAUAUUCGUUAUAUAAGCCAGCAAGUAAACAUGCCCCUUCUCAGAUUAUUACAUCAAAUAAGUACCAUGUAUCAGAAUGUUAAAGAAACACAGAUGGAGUUAAAGGAGCAACAGCCUGAAACAAAACGUAACACUAAUUUAAUCGUUAGUGACAACGUCGCGAAAAAUGGUUCAUCAACAUCCGAUCUGCAAGAACAGUUCCUCACUGACGGCAAAAAAGUCGAAGCACCAUUGCUUCGCAGCAGUUUCGAACCGAAUCAAUCGAAAGCAUUGCCAGGUGCAACUGUACGCUCUCGGCCGCAAAGUUUCGCGCAAAAAUUACGAAGCACGGGCAAAAGUGUAAAGGGCUAUAUUAAUUUAAGCGAAGGUGUUAUUACACCAAGUUUCGGGGCAAGCCCUAGUGGAUCUGGUUUAGAUAAAUUUACGGAUACGUGUAAAGAUAGCGCACACUUGACGCCACGAUGCUGGAAAACUAUAUACUACCUUCUGGAUUUGUACGCAACUCGUCCGGAAACUAAAACUAUCACCCAUCGAUUUUCGAUACCUGCAGAGGCAGCGGAACAUUACAGAAGUGGAAGAAAGUAUGAGAUCUUGAAUGAAACCAAGGAUGUUGACAUUGAAAAAGGAUUGAAUGCUGAGAAUAGUUCAACGCCAAUUCCUCCAUCGAGAGAGUUAAACAUUGUAACAGGCGAAAGAACGAGGCUGAUUAUUUUUGGCGUAGCACGAAUCCAUAGAACCAGAUUAUUGGCUACUUUAAGUGGUUUGAAGCUUGAAGCAGAAAUUACUAGUCUACACGCUAGUCUAACUUGCCGCAAGAAAUCGCGACCCGCAAGUUUAGAAUGUAGUAUGACUGGACAAAUCGGAAGAACGAUGAUUGUACUGUUGGAAGGCGUUGCCCCUGGUCAACAAACAGUCGUGAAAGUUACCGUUGGAAAAUCACAAGCUCUAUAUUCCAGCAUUACGAGGCGGCAAAAGGAUAAGAACAGCGGUUUGUUGACUGUCGGCGCUGUAAAUAUCGAUAUACCGCAGCAUCCUGUAGCAUUGCAUGGAAUGAUGACCAGAGGCAGCAAGCAGUUGUCGUCAACGUUACAGGAAUUAAGAGUUACUAGAACGUCAUCGAGAAUGUCGCGAGGACAACAGCAAGACGAUGUAGAUGCUGUUCCGGGCAGUCCACAUCAUUACGCGCCAGCUCCGUCAAUAGGCGUAGAAAAGCCGCAGGCUGUGUCUGGUCUUUUAGAGCCUAUUGUUAUGCAAUUCCACAUAAUACUUCAAAGUUUAAGCAUAACUGCGGCAUUAUUACCAUCUCUCCAAGCCCAGUACAAAAUGGACCAGGUGAAUAGUUCCGGCAUAACUGGUAGCAAGGCUAAGUUUACUAUCGACUUGCCGCAUCAUAAUCUGAGUUUUACGACGAAAUUACAAGUGACAGAAGCAAACUUACCGUCUGAAGCAAGUAUUGAAUUACCUAAAGUACAUGUUUCGGCCGAAUACAUUCAAGACGGAAGCAGUAACUUGAACGAAAGUAAACUAGCGGAUGGUGUUGUAUUAAGACAAGGUAGCUACCUGAGUGCAACUGCAGAUAUCGGAGUGUUUGAGCAUUCUUUAACGACGGAUCUUUUAAAUCAUUUGGUAUUUGUACAAAAGGUAUUUAUGAAAGAGGUGAAUGAGGUAGUACAGAAGGUCUACGGAGGCGAAAAACCAGUACCUUUGUGGCUCGAAGAUGACGAAUCAACCAGCUCUACUUUGAAACGAAUUUUAUUUUCACUGAUUAUACGUAUUAAGAGGAUUCAACUAACUGCAACAACUCCAACAAAUUCGGCAGUGCGGUUAGAAACCGGCGCGGUAGAAUUUCAAUUAUCUAACAGAGUGCAAAAUGUUUCUGGAGCUACUCAACCUAAUCCCUACAUGAAAUUAUUUGGCAAAGCACAAGUUGAUAUUAACUUAAGUCUGGGACAAUUAUUAAAAAAUGUAUUGUUUGAAGAAGCAGAGCCCGAAUUUCAACAAUUUGCUUUCUUCAAUACUAGAAUAGGACUACGAAAUGCAUUUCAAGAGGAAAUGGCUCAGGGAGAAGACAAAGAAGUAGUUUUAAUUACUCUCAAACGUCCACUAAUUUAUAUACAACCGAUAGCUAUUGAUAAAGCUAUACUCGUUUGGUUAAAUUACAAAAAUGCAUAUGAAUACUGGAAUGAAAAGCGAUCUAAUUUGAAUAAAGAGGUGUUAACUGCUACUCAGCAAGUAUUUGAAAAAGUUCCAUUCGGGCAACUGACAAGUCAGCUCAGUGCGCCUCAUCUUGGAACAUUAUUUUUGCAAUUAACAGUCGAUGACAUGGGCAUAUGUUUGCCGCUUAAUCCUUUACCGCCAAAUAAUUGGAAAUUAAACAGAGGCCUCUACGAUGGAGAAUCCCGAGGUGCUGUUGUGGUGACACUUGAAAAUACAAGCAUAUCCGCAUGUAGUAGCGGUAGUUUAGUUAGUAAAGGAAGGUUUGUAGGAUUGUGCUUGAGAUUUGCCGAAGACUUUGAAACUUCUUUGGACGAUUGGAAACCAGAUAUGACUGAUAGCAGUAUAAUGAAUUUAUGUGUCGUAUCAGAAGGCACAUACGAAGUGUGUAGUAGGACUAUUGCUCAAAAACAAGAUAAAUCUGAUAACGCUAAAUGGAUCUUAAACGUUCAAUGGCAAAUGGAGGGAGUUGAUAUUCAUCUUGAUGUCAAUGUGGGACAACAACUAUCGGCUCUUGGACAUACAUUGACAAUGCUAACUGGUUCUGAAGAAGAGGAUGAUAUCCACGUUCCCGCAGAUUAUGAUAGCGACGAUGGUGAUCAACCAGAAAAUAGCACUAGCCAGGAAAGCAUAUUAAUGAAAAAAUCGAAAAAUUGGACGGACAGUCUCCCGGCAUUUAUCUUCGAUCCCACACUCGAUGCAAAGAAGAGGUCACAAUUAAUAGAAAAAGAGAUGAACGAGCAAGCGAAAAUUAUAAACGAUUUGCGAUCAUUGGGCGCUUCGCAUGGGACAAUAGAACAGGAAAUGAAACGUCUACAUGAAUUGGAAGCGAUGGUAUUCAAAGACUUUAGAAGGGAUAUGAUUCAAAAGCUAAGAAGACAAUCGGUGAAAGCUUCUGGUAUUAAGGGUAAAUUAGGUCUUGGUAGCAAACCGAACACGUACCGUUCAAGAUCGUUUAUUGUACCUUCACCCACGCCAGAACAUCAUUUAGAAAGUCCGGAAGAUAUGAAUACGGAGAUUAAUUCAGCCAAUUCAGCUAGUUAUGAAAGCAGUCCUAGGAGCGGUCCCAGUCGGUCAGCUUCUUUGCGAGUAAGAGGGCUUGGAGGACCACGAGUUACUUUUAGUGACACACAUACAAUGUGCAGGCAAUCAUCUCUACCUAGCGCCAGUUCUGAUUUGAGUUUACCAGAGGGAGAAUUAGAAUGGCCAGAGACUAUCGAGAUAGAAGGAGAAAGAGUUGAAUUGAGAAAAAAAAAUAGAGAUAUCAGUUGUACAUCUAGUUACGACAGUAUGGAGGGAAAUGCACCAUUACUUGAUUCAUUUGGAAAAGAACAAGCUUCAUCGACUUCUUCUCCAUUUAUUACAUCCCAGAAAACUCAAGAACCUAACAUAGAUUUUGAACUUGAUGUCAAAGUUUUAAUUAAUAGCGGAAAAUGUGUGUUACACACAAAAGAUCCAGGGAAAGAAGAUGAAAUUAAACUCUUGAGUAGAAUGAAGAAAGAAAGAUCAUGUUCCGGUGGUACAUUCGAAUUUCAACCUGGCAGUCCAAGUAGUAGCAGAAAACAUUUAAAUAGUAAAGAGAAGCCGUCGACAACUAGUACAUCUCGAUUGAAAUAUUUGCAGCAUACAAGCGUGCCUUUAGUGGAUUUAACAAUUUUUCAUAUUCCUGGUUUAGAUGUUAAGGUUCAUUACGAAUCCAAGACUCUUCCAGAAGAAUCAUUAUCUCCUCGCGUAUCUGCUGAGAACAGUUUAUUAAAUCCAAUUACAAUGACAGUGUUUAGAAAAUCUAGUACUAAAAAAGCUAGCCUGUUUGCUUGGAUGACUCUUCAAAGCAUUCCAGAGGAAACUAUUAUUAGUCCUCACAUUCUUGAAUUUUUAGAGCAAACUUUAGAGCCAAUUCCGAGUAAGAAUAAUUUCCAGAGUAACGUGCAAACGAAUGCUGGCUUUCUGUUAGAAAAUACAGAAAACACAUCAUGGGCUGCCACUGCUGCAAAUAGCAAUUAUGUUUAUGCCAGUUUCCCCGUUGAUGUCAUAGUAUACUUCCAUAUGCAGCCAUCUACAUUUAGAUUUUCAUGUUUACCAGUUUCACGAGUGGAAUGUAUGCUACAAUUACCAUCUCUCGAUAUCGUAUUUUCAUCAAAACGUGCUGAGGAAGAGUUAAUAGAAUUUCGGGAGUUUAAAUCACAACCAACGGGCAAGGAAAUAGGUUCAGCUACCGGUGGAUUGUCUGUCACAGGUUGUUUAGCGGAUUUUUCCGUUUAUAUCUUUCAUCCAUAUGGUGGCGGAAAGAAAACAGGACUAAAAGAAGCACAAUGGUCGCCUUUAUCAGACAGCGAGAGAAAAGAUUCGUUAAGCAUUAACGUCGAAUUUGUGAAAUUUCAUUUGUCAAGAAGCAGGAAGUUGAAUUUUCAAAGCGAACAGCUUAAGAAGCAUUCAGAUUCUGGUCGUGCUGUCAUACGAUUUUCAACAAUUAUUGAUAUUGGAUCGGCCUCGUUUAAAUACGACAUGCGUCGAUUAACAGAAAUUCUGGCAUUUCCAAAGGCUUGGUAUCGACGUAGCAUAGUAAGACGCUUGUUUCUGGGAGAUUUAAGUUCAGGCACCGCAUAUUCCGAAGGGGAUGGAAGUCCGUUAAAUCAAGAGGAAGCAGUUAUGGGUAGCUCCUUACUGAAACAUUACGAUAGGCAUGAUCCAUUAUCAAAAGGCACAUCCGAAAGAAGUCCCAUAUUAAAUCGAGAAAAGUUGAAAUUAACCUUGGAAAAUGAUAUGCCAAGACCAACGCGAUUGAAAGAUAUUGGGAGAGGAUGGAGCUUUACCUCGGACAAGCAAGUGUCGUCCGAGGUCAAAUUAAGAGAAUCCGCGUGGGAGACAUUGGUGUUAUUUGCAGUGAAUUUUACACGUCUAAAUGUCCAUAUGAAUAUGGGUAAUGUAAUGGGCAAUGUUAGCUGGAUGACAAAGGAUUUCAGAUCAGAUGGAAGACUGUCUAUUGGCAGCACAGGACAUAAAAAUUUGUAUAUAGGCAUUGGCUUAGGGGGAUCGAGUUUAGAUGCGAAAGGUGGCAUAGUUGGUGGGACAAUUGAAUUAAGUAGAAUUGAUACUUACAUACACAUUCGAGAAGAGCCUGGGAUAGAACCUGAUCAUACAGUGGGAUUGAAAUUAUUUGCAUUAGAAUUACGAUUGGAUUAUAUGGGAACAAGUGUGCUAAUGUCUCGAGUGUCUUCGUUGGACGUUACUCUUAGAGACGAAUGGAAAAUUAACCGUAGUAGUAGUGGCGAUGCUUUCAUGCCAACCCGAAGGCCCGCUAUCAUUUUUAUGCAUGGUGACUUGGGUUGGGAUCAAUUACAAAUUAUGAUCAGCAAGUCAACAACAGCCGAUUUGCUGAAAAUGUUUUACAAACUGGAUGAGUUUUUCAGUCAACAAUUUAAGAGUAGCAAACGUGUAUUUAGUUCGUUACAACCAAAGCAUCAAAGAAUGAAUAAUAGUAGCAUCAAGAAAAGGCAACAAAAGAAGAAAUCUGCUAUUGACGGAGGUCCGUGGAGUUUAAACCAGACUGCGAUAUCAGACGCUAGACAUCAUAGACAUUGGCAAAGAGUAUUAACUCAAGUAGCUGGUCUUCAGUUAGGAAGCUUAAGAUUUUCUUUGCCGUCGACCGGUACCGUCCUUGGUGGUACAAUGGAACUUCAUGGCUGUAAUAUUAGCUUAGCAUGUUUCCACGGAAUUAAUUUCAAAAGCAAAAGCUGGGCUUUGUUCUCAUUAAAAGAGCCCUGUAUAAGUUUCGCCACAGAAGCUCAAGAAAUUCCGAGUGUUGAAACCCCUAACAUGUACGACGUUCACGUUGUACAGACGCUAACCAUCAGUCUGGGUCAUCAACAAGAACAACAUGCAAGACAUCAUUCCAUGGCUACCGUGUGUAGAUUAAGUCGAAGCGUUUUAUUUCCACCGCAAUUUAAAUCUCUGCAAGAAUGGUUUCAUUAUGCAUUUGCUAGUAGUGAGAUUGAUGCGGUAGACAGAUUUCCAUGUGUCGAGCGGGAUAGAGUGGACAGUACAUCUGACGGCAGCGCAUCACGUGGAAGGAGUACAUCUGCAACGUCUGGCAAGUUGCAAGAGCACUCACACACACGGGAAGUGAUAUUUGCUUUGCCUUCGUUGCAACUGCAUCUAAAAACUGAACAUUUACAAACCGCUAGAACACCAGACGUUAUAGGACUUCCUAAGCAUAUUUUAUAUAGCGAAAAACCAUUAGUUGAAUGCAGCUUUAUAACAGAAUUUGAAGAUCAUAUAUUUGUUACCGUCGAUGCAGAAGCCUUUUUCUUCCUACAUGAUCUCAUUACGUCAUAUGUGAAAGAAAAGGAAAGAGUACAUACAAUGCAGAAUAUGGGUGCAAGAGCGCACAGUCCCGAUCCACAAGAAAGAAAAAAUAUAAACACAGUUAAUAUAUCUAGCAUAUCUGUUAUUGCCGAGGACGAGAAGAAACGCAAGCAAUUUGAUCCGGCUGAAAUGUUUAUAAAAGAUUGGCGAUCGUACAGAUGUAAAACGUGGCAUUUAGAACCGACAGUAAGGCUACUCUCGUGGGCUGGCAAAAGUAUAGAACCUUACGGAAUCGAUUAUAUUCUUCAAAAAUUGGGAUUUUCCCAUGCACGCACGACGAUACCAAAAUGGAUACAACGAGGAUUUAUGGACCCUCUAGACAAGUUACUCGCCAUUCUUAUGUUAAGAAUGGUAUUAGCCGUUCGUGAAGAAUCCUCAGAUGAACAAAAAGAAUAUAAAAGAGAAAAAUAAUACCAAAUUGACUUUUUUUAAUAAUAU